AUGCCGGCCGCACGGCCGAGCCUAGGGCUGAGAAAGAUGAGUCCAUUGCUGCUACGUGGGCACGAGUUGGAGCAGCACGGCUUGGUCUUUGACAAGGGGUGUUGGACCGAUGUCGACAAGUUGCUCGAUAGGUUCAACUACUGCCGCCAAAGGCGAUGGGGAGUUCGACAGCUGCUCAGGGCAGCAAAGGCCGAUAAGAAAGGCCGCAUCAGAUUGCUGGGCAUUGACGUCCCGAUGAAGGAGACCAUCGGCCAGGGCCACAACGAGCGACUGGUCAGCAGCGAAGAGGCUGACUACCUUCUCGCGACAGCGUGGUACAGCAAUCUGGAUGCUGACGAAGCCCAGGCGAGAUCGAGCGAGUUUGGUGUCACGGUGCUUUCCGCCGCACAUACACCCAAGAAGCUCUACCACCGCACAACCGCCAGCGGUCUUCAGUCGAUCCUCAAGGGAGGCAUCAUUCCAGGAGCGAAGAGAUCUGGUCGUCCGCAUGGCUAUUUCUCUUCCUACCGCCUCAACGACGCACGCUACCAAAGCGGCAUGAGAUCUAACAUGCCGAUUGAGAUCGCGAUUGAUACAUUCAAGGCGAUGGCCUCUGGAUGCGAGUUCUUCACGACUGACUCCGAUGGCACCCUCACGCGGAACACCGUUCCGCCGGAUUGCAUUAUUUCGGCAGUCGAUACGUCCAAAAAGGACCAGCCGCUGUAUGUUGCCGAAAGCACUGAAGCCACCAUCACUGGUGAGCCUGCAUUCAGAGCCAAGCGCGACUACGAGGAAGCGGCGAGCUCCUCCAGCAAGGCCCCGCCAGCAGCGAAGACAAUGCCGGUCAAGCCCACGGCAGCAAAAAGCUCGGCACCCAAGCCGACUGCGAACAAGAUCCCACCUACCACAACUACGGUGGAAGAGUUUGCAGAUGUUGCUUUGGACGACGAUAAAGCCACCCGCGAGGGUGAGUCUUCUGCUGCUGUGGAUGUUGACAGCGACACAACAGAUGCGGGCGAGGAAGACCCAUAUCCUCUCGGGUCGUUCCCCUGUGCAAAUUGCCAGGCCGUCGUAGUCAAGGGGAUGCUAUUCUGCCUCAAAUGCAAAGCUCCCCAGACGGACGAAUCCUCCAAGGUGACCAAGAAAUUCUUUGAGAAUAGAGGUCUGCGACUUCGUCUUCUC